AUGUCGAGCCAGACCAAGCGGAUUGCCUUGCCCGCCCGGGUUGAACCCAAGGUGUUCUUUGCCAAUGAAAGAACCUUCCUUUCAUGGCUCAAUUUCACGGUCAUUCUCGGCUCGCUCGGGGUCGGGUUGCUCAACUUCGGUGAUUCCAUCGGCCGGGUGUCAGCUGGCUUGUUCACCUUCAUUGCCAUGUUGACCAUGGUUUACGCUCUUGUUACCUAUCACUGGCGUGCUAAAGCCAUCAGAAUGCGGGGCACCGGACCUUACGACGACCGUUUCGGUCCUACCAUGUUGUGCAUCUUUUUGUUCAUUGCGGUUAUUGUGAACUUUACCUUAAGAAUUAGAGGUUAA